AUGAAAACGUCAUCGAUUCCUGCCCUCAGCUUGCUCCAGAGCAAGGCCCAAGUCGAACUUUUGGACGCCAUCGACAAACUUCGUGCGCAUGGACUCUCUGGCACACUUGACUUGCCCCAGCUCAUUGUUUGUGGCAAGCAAUCAUGCGGCAAAAGCUCGGUCUUGGAGGCCAUAUCACAAGUUCGGUUCCCCGUGGCGGAUACCACUUGUACUCGUAUUCCCACAGAACUAGUGUUGCGCAAAGCAAAUACCAGUGGCGUAGAGGUGAAGCUGAUCCCAGCACCAUCCAGGACCGAAGAAGCGAGGAAUAUAAUUAGUGAAUUCUCGAUCCAUGUGUUUAGCGACGAACGGAACCUUGAAAACAUCAUUAAGCCAGCCGAGGAAUUUCUUCGUGCCGUCGACGGUCAUCCCAAGCACCAUUCCCGAUUCUACGAAGACAGACUCCAGGCCGUUGUCUAUGGUCCGGACCUUCCCUCCUUGACACUUGUAGAUCUUCCAGGUCUUGUUCAGACUCGGGAGUGUGGCACAGAGAACAUUGAGAUAGUUGAAAGGGUUGUGAGAUCAUAUGCGAGCGAACAGAAUAGCAUCAUUCUCGCUGUUAUUGCCGCGGACGAUGAUGUCGCAAAUCAGGGAGUUCUGGAGCUGGCAAAGUCAUACGAUCCAGAAGGCGUUCGCACCCUCGGGAUCUUCACCAAACCGGACAAAACAGAAGCCGGAUCACCAGCAGAAGCCGCUGCGAUUUCGUGCGCUCUGAACGAGUCGUUUCGACUCGGUCUCGGCUGGCACGUACUCAAGAACCGAGAGGGCCACGCGCACCGUAACGACACAAUAAAACAGCGCAACGAAGCUGAAGAUGCCUUCUUUCGUACACGUCAGUGGAAAGCAAUACCGGAAAGUGCUCGUGGCUCGAGUGCGCUACGGAAGCGUCUGGGUGAUGUUAUCGUCCAGGCCAUCCAAAGGAAACUUCCGGCACUGGACGAAGUCAUCCAGAAGAAGAUCGCAGUUUGCAAGCACAACCUACGAGAGCUUGACGGAGCAUUGAACCACGAAGAAAGCCGACGAUUAGAUCUCACUUGGAUCAGCGUAGAGGUGGAGAAAAUUAUCAGAAUGGAAGUUCAAGGUAUAUGCAAUGACAAAUUCAUUGAGGAUACCACGAACACAAAUGCUCACAAAUGGCGACUACGAGCUCAGCUCCGUGAGAUUUUGUAUAAUUUCGCCGACCAUAUACAUCUUUACGGCAUGAUGUUUACCAUGACCUUGGACUGUCCUUAUCAGCUGCCCUCAAAACCCGCGAGUUUCUUCGAGAUACCGGUUGUCUCCGCCGCCACCCACCGUGCUAAUCUGGUGAGAACUUCGGAGCUAGUAGGAGCGGUUCGAGAUUACCUCAAACACAACCGAUGCUGUGAGCUACAUGGAUUGGCAUCUUCAGCAGCCGUUGCUCACCUAUUCAGAGUACAGUCAUCGCCCUGGAAAGCGAUCUCAAUUCAAUACGUGGAUAUUUGCUGGAAUACGGCUAGGGCAUUCGUAGUUCAAGCCCUCAGGCAUGUCGCGCCUCCUCACAUAGCGCAAGCGAUCUUAUCUCAGCUUGUCGACGCAGAACUCGAAGGCAUUCGAUCAAUCCUCAGAGCUAAAGUGGAAGAGCUCUUGAGACCUUACAACAACCGCAGGUUAGUUGCUUCGAACCAGAAACAGUGGGAAGCCAAAGUGGAGGAAUUCCUCUUACUUCAUGGAUCCCACAAUAUUUCAAGAUCAGAUGUUGCGCUACAGGCACUGGCAAUCAUGGAUUCAUACUACAAGAUCACCUUGCCUACCUUUACGGAGAAUAUCGCGACCCUCGCCAUCGAAAACUGCUUAAUCGAUGGCUUGUCGAACAUUUUUACCACAACGACGGUAAAAAGUCUGAGUUCGGAGGCUGUGCAUAGCCUAACCCCUGAGUCCUUGGAGGCCGCGCGCUCAAGAUCGUCUAACGAGGAGCGCCUAUCCAUGCUGAACGCCAUGUCGGCAAUCAUAAAGAGACACUGUGUAUGA